CGAGACGAGGAGACGCAGCUCUGGGUUGUGCAGCUAAUGAACCCUGAAGUCACCCAAAGCUUGGAAAAGAGUACCUUUGCUUCUCAGAGCGGAAUCUGUGUCAUUCUGUUCAGCUAGUUGGAAAUCUUUGAUAAGAAGCGCAGGCGCUAGCUCGCAUUCCGGAACCGCGCUCCGGUGAGAGAGUCACGUUCCUGCUGCCUUGCACGUUGUCGGCAAGCCUUACUUUUGGGCCCAGGAAAGAUACAUGCUCAGGCAUUUGCUUGGCUACCGAAAGACAACGUUCCCGAUCCGUAUCGAGCUGGCCUCCUACAUCCUGCCAGGUUCUCUGCAGGAGCAAGGCUGAAAUGCAGGGUGUGGCUUUAAGGAAAGAAGCCCCGUCUUAGGCAAGGAAGUACCAUUCAGCUAGGAUGAGCGUGAGAGAGACAUGGAAACUUGCUUGACUUUUGGCGUGAGGGGGAGGGGGGAAGAUGCCUUGAAACAAUUGCCUGUGCUUGCUUUGAAGGUGUGAGAAGAUGGUUGCUGCGUCCAAGAGGUUUACAAUACAUUGCUCUUCCAACGUUCUCACCAUAGCCCUGAAAAGAUUUGCCAACUUCACUGGUGGAAAGAUUAGCAAGGAUGUGGAAUAUCCAGAGUAUUUGGACCUGCGAGCAUACAUGUCUCAGCCAGUUGGAGAACCAGUCCUCUACGCCUUAUAUGCAGUCCUGGUGCACAGAGGUGCCAGCGGUCGUGCAGGACACUAUUUCUGCUUCACCAAGGCCAGUAAUGGACUGUGGUAUGAGAUGAAUGAUGCCUCGGUAGUCCUUUGCGACCUCCAAACCGUUCUCAGUCAGCAGGCAUAUUUACUUUUUUAUAUCUGGUGCGAUGGUGAGACACUUGGAGAAUGCACUUCUGAUGCGCCCGUGCCAUCUGAUCCCCCUUCGUGCCUUGGUCAGCCGGGGGCUAAUAAGAAGGGGGCUGGAUUUCUGAAACCGCAGCUUGCUCCUCAUAUGCUGAAGAGCUCAAGUCAUUUAAAGAGAAAUGGAGCCCUGAAAGAGGAUCCCAGUACCAUUGGCGUCACAGAAAUGGGCGGUGAUUCCCACAAGAGGAGGUGCUCUCGCAAGCUGGAAAGAAACAAGCAAAACUGCCACCUGCAGCAGGAUUGCCCUGGAAGCAGGCGCACAUCUUCCCGUAGUGACAGAAACUGCCUGGAUAAGGGCAGAAGCUCCGGAAAAUGUCCUCCUUACCGAUCCCGAAGCAGAGGACAAACAGAGCAAGAGAGGUCACACGAGCAUUCUUGCAAAAGCAGGUGGCUCCACCUGUCAUCACACGCCAGAGGGGAAGGCGGGCAUCACUUCAGCAGCCACCGAGCAGAUGCACACUGCUGUCCAGUCCCGGAGCAGCAGUCUGAAAACUAUUCUCCUCAACGACGAGCACCUUCAGCUGUGUCAGUUCCUUCCGGUUUUGAGGGCUCUUCCCGGAAGACUGAAAAGCAAAGAAACAGAAAAAGAGGACAUCCUCACGCCGGAGGGAGCAACAACAAAAUAGAAGGGAAACGGAGAAAGACCGAGAAAAGCGAUUUCCCCAGUUUGCUCCUCGUUCUUCUCUGGCUGUUCCUCCUGUUUGCCAGUUGGCUUUAAAGAGCUCUCAGUAGCGUGGCGUCUGUCUGGAGAUCACGUGGUAUGAUUUGGAUUUCUCUGCACUCCACAUGGACAGUCGCAAGCAUAAGAGCAAGAAGAAAAAGAGCAGACCCAUCAAGAAGCUGGAAAGCUGCUUGGAAUGCUCAGAUCCUCCUUUCCAGAAGUACCCACGGGAGGAGAAGGAAGAAGCCCAUCCUCCAGACAGCUCUCUACGGGAGCAAUACAGCAACCGUGGCAGUAAACAACUCCACGGGGACGGGCAGCCUUCCCGUGCAGCUGGAAGCCAGCAAUAGAGCUCCAUCACAUCCCGCGGGGAGCUGGAAGAUGCAGAGCUUGAGGACGGGAUCCAUCAAGACUCUGACUAACCUUCCCAUCUACACCACCACUUACCAUCCAACCCAGCAGAGAGCCGUUCUCCAAACAAUGCUAACCAAUCCGAGCUUGAAGAGUGUUCUCAGAGCAAUAAAGUUGCCGUGAAAACAAAACCCAGUCCUUGGCAGUGCUUCAGAUUUCUGUGCGGAAUUUCACCAUGAAAAG